AGAAACGUAACUACUUAUUGGCUAUAUGUACGCGUGCAGCUAGAAAUUAAAGGAAAGUGACCCCUCAGAAUGCAGCUCAAAUUAAAUGACAUAAAUACAAGUAGAACAGUUUGUCCGAUCCCAUAUUCCCCAUGGCAUUUCCAAGAAUAAUAGUAGUAGUAGUUUGUGUGGUGGCAAUUGCUCUCCAACUAACAAUAUUUUCUUCAUCUUCUUAUCCUGGUUUUCUUGAAAGCUUGCCUCCUUCCUCCCUUUUACCUGCUCCAUCAAACGGCAAAUUACAGGAUGUGAUGAAGCUAGGAGAAGGGCUGCUGAUGCAGCCGGAAGACGUCGCCGUCGACGAAAACGGAGUUCUGCACACAGUGACGAGGGAUGGGAGCGUGAAGAAGAUGCACAAAAAUGGAACGUGGGAGAAUUGGUGCCAUAUUCCCAGUGAUAGUUUGUUGGGGAUAACUACUACUGCAGCUGGCGAUCUUAUCGUUUGCGAUGCUCGUCAGGGUUUGCUUAAGGUUAGCGAAGAGGGUGUGAAGCUUCUUACAUCCCACAUUGAUGGUGCCAAAAUAAGGUUCGCAGACGAUGUGAUCGAAUCAGCAGACGGCACAUUAUACUUUAGUGAUGCGAGCACGAAAUUCGGGUUCCAUAAUUGGCAGCUGGAUCUGCUGGAGACGGAGCCUCAUGGCCGCCUCCUCAAAUACGAGCCUUCCACAAACACGACUUCUGUAGUUCUCGACGGUCUCGCGUUUGCAAACGGCGUCGCGCUCUCUGCCGACCAACAUUACUUGCUCGUCUGCGAAUCGUGGAAGUAUAGAUGUCUGAAAUACUGGCUGCAAGGACACAAGAAGGGAGAAACACAGAUUUUCAUUGAUAAACUUCCUGGAAGACCAGACAACAUAAAUCUUGCUCCGGAUGGCUCCUUUUGGAUCGCAUUGCUAGAGAGUAAUCCUAUGUGGCCAAGAUUCGUGUACAAUUUGCCUGGGUUGAAAUAUGUGACGGGGGCAUUUCCGGAAUUCUUUAGCAAAUGGGUGAUUAACGUAGUUGAGAAAGCAAUGGUGGUGAAUGUAGGAAGCGAUGGGAAGAUGAUUAGAGGGUUUGAUGAUCCGACGGGAAAGGUGAUGAGGUUUGUGACUUCGGCGGUGGAGUUUGAGGGCCAUUUGUAUUUUGGCACUCUCUAUAAUGACUUUCUCGGAAAAUUACCCCUAUCAAUAUGAUUCUCUAUUGCCGCUCUUCAA